CUCCGGUCGAUCGAGGACCUGUCCCAUCGUCGCACUGUGAACUUCGCACACCAUGCGUACCUGGCUGGCCUCGCGUUUCUGGACCGUUUUUGUUGCUCUGUCUGUGUUCUCUGUCCCUCAUGUGUCUCUUGCUCAAAUCGAGGAUCCUGCGAGUUUGGUCAACAUGUUCAUCGGCACUACGAAUGGCGGCCAUGUCUUUCCGGGUGCGACGCUACCGCAUGGGAUGGUGAAAGUUGGUAUGGAUACCGACUCCCCAGGCAACCAAGCCGGAUACGAUGCGGAUCCAACAUAUAACGCAUGGGGCUUUUCGCAAUUGCACGACCAAGGGACAGGAGGAGGCGUCUCUCUGUCCAAUUUCAAGCUUUGGCCUUACGCGUCAUGCCCUGAUGGCGACGCCUUCCUAGCGUGCCCUACCGCGGAGGAAAAUAGGAAGGUUUUGCGCAACGUACUCCCCGAUGGCUCGCCGGAUGAUGCCGCCUCUCCGGGGUACUUUGCAUCGAAUCUGUCGACGGGUAUACGUGUCGAGCUCACAUCGACGCGUCGCGCUGCACUGCAUCGGUAUACGUUCCCGGAAGGGACUGUCAAUCCCCGCAUCUUGGUAGAUAUUACGAACGACGGCCAGCAGAGUAACACGAACCCAAUAAUGACACUGAACUCCACUAUUGGGCGUGUCGUGGGCGGCGCUGACUUCCAGGCCUCGUUUGGACCACGGCGAUACAGAGUAUAUACAUGCGUCGAUUUCGAAGGCGACGGAUAUGAACUGGGAAGGCCUACGGAAUAUGGAGCAUGGAUCAACAACAACGCAAUACCCGGGAGCGUCGACAUUGAGCAAAUGUACUUUGGGUUUCGCAACGAGCUGGGGGCGCUCUUCACAUUCAACCCGAACCCGAAUGGUACAACGACUAUCCUCGCUCGAGCAGGAGUCUCCUUCAUAUCCGUCGAUCAGGCCUGUGCGAACGCCGAAGAGGAGAUCUCUACCUUUGACUUCGAUGGCAUCCAAGCUGCUGCUCGGGCUGAGUGGAACGAACUGCUCGGUCGUAUACAAGUGGACCCGGCGGGCGUCAACAAUGACACCGUUUCAUUGUUCUACAGCUCGCUUUAUAGGAUCCACGUCGUCCCCGCAGAUUACACCGGAGAAAACGCCCUUUGGAACUCCACUGAACCCUACUACGAUUCGUUCUAUUGCAAUUGGGACACCUUCCGUGCAUUGUACCCACUCCUGUCGUUGCACGAUCCCCUCAACUUUGCACGGAUCGUGAGAGGGAUGAUAAAUAUACAGCAGCACGAAGGGUGGAUUCCCGAGUGUCGUGGCUCCCUCACUCAGCUAUACGUCCAGGGUGGCAGCAAUGGUGACCCCAUCCUGGGAGAGUUCAUGGUCAAGUACUACGAACAUGCGGCCGAACUGAACGUGUCGGCUACGGAUCUGUAUGCAGCUCUGCUGGCGGACGCUGAGGACCAGCCGCCCAACUGGGAUUUGGUAGGGCGCCAGGCGAAUAUCUGGAAGACCCUCGCCAACGGGUACAACACUAAGCAAGUGUCUCGAACGAUUGAGUACGCCUUCGGUGACUUCGCCAUCUCGCAAGUAGCGCGGGUUAUGGGAAACACUGCAGAUGCUGACAAGUACGCCGAGCGCGCGGGCAACUUCGUCAACGUCUGGAACCCGAACGUCACCGUUCCUGGGCGCGAUGAUAUCGUCGGAAUGAUGCAGCCACGGUUCUUAAACGGUACGUGGAACUACACAGACCCUCGGCACUGCAGCGUGAACGACCCGACGCAAUCAACGUGCUAUCUGACGCCGACGAAUACCGACGGAUUCUAUGAGAGCUCGCCCUUAGUGUACGUGCCGCAAGAUGGUGCCAAGUUGGUCGAACUGCAAGGCGGUGUGGACGCCUUCAUCUCGAGGCUGAACUUCCUCAUCGAUGAUAAAUACUUUGAUCCUACCGACGAGCCGUCCAUGCAAAUCCCGUUUAUGUACAACUAUGCGAACGCGCCCGGGAUGACGACGAUCCAGGCGAGGCAGGUCGUCAACGGGAAUUUCAACCUGUCCGUGAGCGGGAUUCCUGGGAACGAUGGCGCGAUGGGCACAUGGGCAACUUUCCUCUUGCUCGGUCUGUACCCUGUGCCCGCCACGCGCCAGUACCUCUUGUCCUCGCCGUGGUUCUCGAAAGUCUCUUUCUUCAACCCGGUCUUCAAUACGACGACAACGAUCAUCGCCAACGGGUUCGAAGGGAACCCCACCGAUGGCACGGGUCAAAUAUUCGUUGAAAAUGUCACCAUCAACGGCGAGCCGUGGAACUCGACGUGCUAUAUCGAUUGGAGCGCGUUCGAAACGGGCGCGACGAUCGAGCUGCAGCUGACCGACAACGCGAAUGUCACCUGCGGAGAUGGCCCGCAGGCGCUGCCACCGUCACUCUCGACGGGCGGCUUCGACUGAAUGAGGUCUUGGCGAAGAUGCGAAUGUUUAUUCAGUCUGUAUCGGGAUGAUCAGCGACAAACGAUGGAAGGGACAUAUUAGCCUUGAUGACAUGCUCCGGGUGGCAGACCGCUGACGAGUCGGACCGACCAGUAGUACUCGGAGGUACGCUGUAGUGCGGUCAGCGGGCAUCUUUGAUUGCUGUGCAUGUAUAUGUGCUGUUUGUACAAUUCAAGGAAGCACAGUGCUUCUGAAGCUGAAAGGGAGGCACGCUGCCAGUGCACAGACCCAUGAUUCGGAGGCUCAUGGUAGCGCACGUGACUGGUAC